UAUCCGUGAGCGACGAAGUCAUUCGUCUCGGACGUACCGGUCACGAUGGAGUCGUCGUCGUUACUUUCAUCACCUUUUGUGCUCUUAGCGACCACUUUGGCCAUUAUCGCUGCACUGAAAGUCAUCGCCUUGAUGUACCAUCAAUACACUUACUGGAGUAAAAGAGGCGUUCCUACUAUACGAACAAUUCCGGGUAUUGGAACGUCUUGGAGAGUGUUACUGCGACGCAUGAGUUUUCCCGAAUAUAGCAAUUUCGCUUACGAUUUGUAUCCGGAUGCUAAAUACGUCGGACUGAUGGAUAUUGCUACUCCUCUCGUUGUUCUGCGCGACCCUGAGCUGAUCAGAGAUGUUAUGGUGAAAGAUUUCGAACAUUUCCCGGAUCACCGUACCUUCGCGAGUGAAGAUAUAGAUCCUUUGUUCGGAAAGAAUGUCUUUGCCUUGCGCGGUAACCGCUGGAGAGAAAUGAGGAACACGUUAAGCCCUUCUUUCACCGCCAGCAAGAUGAAAGUUAUGUUCGAGCUAGUGUCAAAGUGUUCCCGCGAAUUCGCUGAAUACCUGACCGAUCAUCCGGAGAUGUGUUCCUCCAUCGAUACGAAAGAAGCUUUCAGGCGAUACACCACGGACGUAAUCGCCACGUCGGCUUUCGGAAUAAGCGUGAAUUCCAUGAAGGAUCAGAACAACGAAUUCUUUAGUAGAGGAAUUGACGUCACCAAGAGUUUUUCAUCAUUUAACAUGUUGAAAUUCUUUUUAUUCCGCGCGGCACCGCGAUUUGCGAAGUCAAUAGGUCUGAACUUCUUCCCGUCGGCUACGACCCAAUUCUUCAGAAGAGUCGUAGCAGAGACCAUUAAAACCCGCGAUGAGCAAGGUAUCGUUCGCCCGGACAUGAUUCAUUUAUUGAUGCAAGCUCGUAACAAGGAGGGACCCAAUGUGCACACAAUGACAUUGGACGACAUCGUGUCUCAAGCCUUCAUUUUCUUCUUGGCCGGCUUUGAAACAUCCGCGACGCUGAUGUGCUUCCUCGUGCAUGAACUCGCGGUUCAUCGCGACAUUCAAGAUCGCCUGUUUGAGGAGGUGGAGCGACAUUUCGCCGAGGGAAACGGCGAGAUCUCUUAUGAAUCGUUGUCGAAGAUGACUUACAUGGAUAUGGUUGUGUCCGAGGCCCUCCGGAAAUAUCCGCCGAUGAUCUUCGUCGACAGGGUCUGUGUGAAAAGAUACGAACUACCUCCGGCGAAACCGGGUGGCAAAAGCAUCAUCCUCGAGCCUGAUUGCAUGACGUGGACGCCUGUUUACUCAUUACACCAAGAUCCCAAGUAUUUCCCGAACCCGUCUAAGUUCGAUCCCGAAAGGUUCAGCGACGAAAACAAGGACAAUAUUGUGCCGUAUACUUACCUGCCCUUCGGCCUUGGGCCUAGGAUGUGCAUUGGCAAUCGUUUCGCUCUUAUGGAGACGAAACUCUUGAUUGCUCAUCUUUUGCACAAAUUCAUCUUCAAGGUCACGGAGAAAACGGUCGAGCCUAUCGUGUUCGAUCGAAAACAGUUCGCGUUGCAGCCUGAAGGUGGAUUCUGGAUCGCAUUGGAGAAGCGGGCGAAGUAAAUUUAAACGUAACACUGGAAAUUGCUCUUUCCCAAUAUUGUUCACAGUAUAGUGGAUGUUUUGUCCGUUUAGCCCGAUAGAAUAUUUAACAAGCCUAUGUAAGUCCUAAUUCUCAAAGACGAUCGAAAUGUAUAAAAUGCUUGAUUUUUAUUACGAUGCGAAUUUUGAUUGUUCAGUAUAUUUUCUUACGCAUUGUUUUGUAAGGGUUAGUUGUUUUGUUGGAAUAAAGUGUAUCAUUUUUUUUGCUAACGCAAGAUGAAAAGUCUGGAUGUCGUGGUUAACAAACAAAGUUGAAAAUUGCAUAGAUUGUGGUCCUGGUCCCUGAUUAGUCCGUAAUUACUUAGAUAAUUCGUGUUUAUUACUAAGUGGAAUAUUGGAAUAUCGAAGUAAAUGCCAAUUAUUAUUAAGUAUUCAGUUGUGUAUAAAAUAAUACAUCGCUUUUAUUGCCGACGAUAUAUGUUAAUAUAUCCUCGGUUUCAAAGUAUUUUCCUUUUAAACAUGAAAACAUUAAAGUUGAAUUUCUUAAAUUUUAUUUUUAACAUGGAACCUUUUUAAAGUAUAACAGAGUUUACAUCAUUUCGGUAAAAUUGUUACUCCUGUUUUAUUGAAUAUAAUAUGAGUAAUUUAGUGCCAAUGCUGCUCGGUGCUUUUCCGACUUCCCUGAGGUGUAAGAUUCGAUCUUGCUACGCGCUGCUCGGGAUGAGAACGUUUUGCAUUGUCGCUCGUUAGAUAUAACUCGUCUUUGGGAAUCAAAAAAUAAACAACAUGUAUGCAACAAUGUAUAUAACAAGCAAAUAUAUGUAUGCGGGGAUAUAGAAUAACUUAGAGACAUUUAGACUUGACUACAAAAAUAAUUCCUCGUUAACUGGUUAAUAA